AUGCAUGAUGCAGUGAAUCUUAAAGUUAUUUUUGUUUCUUUAUUUAAAAGUGGAGGAUUAGGUGAGAUUAGCUCCACAGUGAAGGCCAGCCGUGUGCUUCAUUAUGAACGCUUUCGUGAAUUUACUCAUCGUGUGAAGUCGGUAUCCAUGUCUAAGUUUACGUCACAAGAAGUUGAGGCACUUCAGAAUGGUGGUAACCAGCGUGCGAGGGAAAUUUAUUUGAUGGAUUGGGACCUUCAAAGGCAGCGAUUGCCAGACAACAGUAAGAUUGAUAAAAUCCGUGAGUUCAUAAGAAGUGUAUAUGUGGAUAGAAAAUAUGCUGGAGGAAGGACCUCUGAAAAGCCUCCAAGAGAUAUGCAGAACCAUAGAAUUCGUGAAGACGAGACAAGACGCGCUAGUUCUUAUCAUUCUUAUUCUCAGAGUCCGCCUUAUGAUUAUCAGUAUGAAGAUCGACGGUAUGGGAAACAAGCUGCUGUGCUUACCAGGAAGCCUGGUUCUGAUCGAGGUCGAUAUGAAGGAAACAUGUCUAGUUUUGUUUACAGUGCUGGCCGAUUAAGUGAACAAAUGCAUGAAGACAGGUUUGCGAAUGAGGGCUCUGGUUCGAGAGUUUCAGAUUUUUCUGUCUCAAGUGGAGGUGAUGCAUCUAGAUCUGGAGUACAGUCUCCUAAUUUUCAGAAGGAGAUUGGAUCCAGCAGCCCUUCUUUUCCACCUUCAUCGGAUAAUCUAACUGAAAGAACUGCAUCCUCUGGAAGUUUCGGUUCAGCGGGUAGCUAUUCCAUGCCUGCUCUUGAACCGGAACAAGCUCCUGGAAUCUUCCAGGACGAAUCGAUUUCUUUAACGGGAUCAUCUCUUUUUGGAAGUACUGAUAGCUUGGAUCUUUUCAAGGCCCCGGUUAAACCAAAAAUAUCUUCUGCAGCUCUGUCCAUUGAUUUGUUUCACUUACCAGCACCAUCUUCAUCUCUAUCCAUAGAUUUGUUUCAGCCGCCUGUAUCAUGUUCAGAUUCGUCUGUGAAUGUAGGCGAACGUCCUAAACUUUUCUCACCUACGUCCUUGGAGUUAUUUGCUGAUUUUCCUCAGCAGCAGUCCACAGCAAACUUGGCUAAACAAGUACCCGAUUCUUUCCAUGAAAGUGAAGGAUGGGCAACAUUUGAUACACCUCAGCCAUCGGCUUCUGUUCCAGGCACUGAAAAUAUUACCCCAGAAAAUAUAGCUUCCAAUGGUGGAGGUUCUAUUGGAAAGUUUGAUCUAUUCUCCCCAUCAAAUACAAGCAUGCAAUGGCCAUCAUUUCAAUAUUCUAGCAUUCAUGGACCUUCUUCAGAUAUUUCAAGUCCAUGGAGUGAUAGUUUGCACAAUGUCACAGCUCCCAAUACCACAAGCACUCAGUCAUGGAGUGCUUUCGAAGAUUCUAUUGUACACCUUCCAUUGGAGGGCACUAAGAAGGGUAGCGAACCAGGAGCAACAGAUAAGCUUUUGUCAGCUGGUGACCGCUAUUUGGGAUUCAGAAUUUCUGAGGACUCUAGUGAAGAUGGGAUUCAAAGAGCUGUCUCCCAAGGUGAACCCCAUGAUCCUGGUCUGCCUUCACAUGUUGUCUUGGGGCAAUCGUAUACUCCACAAGGGCUUCCUCAAAUGUCACAGGGAGAAAUUAAGUCAGAUGCCACUGACCACAAAUCAAAUAACCCAUUUGAUCUUCCUUAUGAUACAGAUCUGGAUCCGAAUAAUGUGGGGCAAGGGUGGAGUGAUGGUAUUAUUUAUCUGCCAUACCUGUCAACUGUCAAGGAUAACCACAGCGUGAUGCUUAGUUGA